GUCACAGCGUCCCGUGCGCGUGGGUGUGUCCGUGGAAUCUGAGGAGAAAGAUGGCUGCGGGACGAAGGGAGAGGUUGACAAAUCUCAGAAUCGCUGUUUGAGGAUAGCCAGGUUACGGCGGAGGACGAGGCGGAAAACAGCACUCGCUCGCGUUUGUGCGGAGGAGUCUAUGUAUCGGUAUGGAGUAUAGUGCCGAUUGCAAACUGGAUGACAGGGAGUGCAGACAAGCCACACUGAUCACUGGUGUACAGUGACUGUUGCUGCAGACAUCAGCAGGAUUCCGUCCUCUCUAUGCUUUUACCUCUUACUUCAUCAAGCAGGACUCUUCAUUUCUUGGUUUUUGGACACCUUUUGUGAGUUGCCUUACCCCCCCCCCCCCUCCCCCCUUUCCCUUUUCUCUCCCUCUCUGUGGUUCUCCCUUGCUCCCCCUUUAUUCUUUCCCUGUUGACCUCUUGAUCGAAGUUGGAUCAGCCUGUGAGCUAAGAUGAGUUGGCUAAGUCGUUUAAAUCCAAGGGGUCCAGGCACUCGGACCGGUCGACAUGCAGCCCCGUCCAGCCCAUGCACUGCCGACCCCGAGACCUGCCUUAUGGUGUUUGAGAACCACUGGAGACAGGUGUCGGGUGUGUUGAAACGGAGAGAGUCUUCAGUGGGUGGUUGUGCCGAUGAUCUCACAGCAGUUCGCAAUCACACAGAUCAGAUGCUGUGCCUGCUAGCUGAAGAGAGACCAGCUGGGGGAGACAUUGAAUCACCAGCAAUGGGUCCUAUUCUGGAGAUGGUGGUGGCGGAGAACAUACUGGAAGAGUUGGUACAGUGGCAUGUGCGCCAUGGUCUGGAACCGGACAGCCAGCUAGAGCUGUUGAAACUGUUUGAGAUGCUGAUCGGGCAGUCACAUCAGUCACUGCUCCUGCACAGUGCAGUGCUCCAGCCGCUGCUAAGCCUGCUGGGAGCAUGUGUGGAUCCCCAGCUGGGCUGCCCUUCUGCCCUAGAGUCCAGCCUCGUACUGCUGCUAAAUCAGGUAUGUGUGUCCAUGGUGAAAGAAACUGCCAUUUUGGAGUUGUUAUUUAAGUGUGGGCCGGUACAGCAGGGUCCCACUAACCUGCUGAUCUUCUCACUGUUGGUGCCAUUUAUCCAUCGAGACGGCUCUCUGGGGCAGCAGGCCCGUGACGCGCUACUCCUCGUCAUGGCAACCUCUGCCAGCAACCACGCUGUUGCACGCUACAUCGCUGAGAACUCCUACUUCUGUCCAGUGCUAGCGACGGGGCUGAGUGCACUAUAUUCAUCCCUGCCACGGAAAAUUGAGGUACGGGGUGACGACUGGCACGCCUUGCGGAGGGAGGACUGGAUGGGCGUCUCCUCUCUAGUGCUGUUCAUGAACAGUCUUGAAUUCUGCAACGCUGUAGUACAGGUGGCACACCCUCUUGUGCGGUGCCAACUCCUUGACUACCUCCACAACGGCUUCCUGGUGCCAGUCAUGGGCCCCGCUCUGCACAAGUCGUCGGUGGAUGAGAUGAUAGCAAGCACGGCAUAUCUGGACCUGUUUUUACGCAGUAUCACAGAAACUUCCCUCCUUAAGACCUACCUGCGCUUCAUUCUGUUGCAUCACCAUGACAACGACACCAUCCUUGAUACACUACUCACACGCAUCAGCAGCAAUUCACGGCUGUGCAUGGUCUCUCUGAGUCUGUUUAAGACAUUGCUCAGUCUCAACUGUGAAGACCUCAUUCUCCAGCUUGUUCUCAGGUAUCUGUUGCCAUGCACACAUGUAAUGCUGAGUCAGCGGAGGGCAGUCAGAGAAACAGACCUCUAUGGCAAAUCAGCUGACAAGUUCCUUUCCCUGAUACCAGAAUGCUGCCGAAUCAAUUCAGCACCCUCUAGUGAGCGGGAUGAUGAACCUGCCUUUUGGGGAAAGGUGUUGGGUAGUCCUACUUCAGAGUCACCAGUUCACCACAGACCCAGCACUCCUUCCCGCCUUGCUCUCUUUAUUCGACAGCAAAGCUCAGGAGGCCAAGCCAACUCUUCUGGCUCGGAGAAUGCUCCCCCUUCUCCUCGUGGUAGUGUUUCUUCCCCUCUUUCUUCUGACAGCCCCAUGCACCAACUCCCAGACACUUCAGAAGGAGAGACUGGCUACCUAGAGUAUCUGCGUGAGGCUCGGAAGGGUAUUGAGCUCUGCUCUUGGGCCUGUCGAGACUGGUCGGCACCUUAUGAUGGAGAAAAUCCUUCUCCAAACUCUGUUCCUCCUCCACCUCCCCCUCCUACGUCCAACCCCUCCCUCAGUAUGGUACCAGAGCAUUUCUCUGUAAUGGACCCCGCUCAGCAGAGGGCAGCAGUGGUGGCUGCAGCUCGUUCCGAGUGGAGCAGUUCAGAUCGAGAUAGUGGAGAGUGGGAUGUUACCAUCAGCAAGAACUGUAUCAGUCUGACACCCCGCAGUAAGAAACGCAGCCUUCUUCCCAGCACUGUACCCCUUCAAUCUUCUGCAUCAGUCUCUACAGAAAUAACACGUGCUGUGGAAACCGUGUCCCAACACCCUCUUUCAGCACCUCAUCCAGCACUCUACAAUGGGAUGGGGCAGGUGGAGUUCACAGACAGUGUGGAUGAGAGAAUGGAGGUUAAGAAAGUGAAGAGGGAGUCAGAUGUAAAUAGCGGUGUGGUUGAGUCGGGGAUGAACGGGUCGAUGGGUAUGGGCCCGGUCGACUUCAAAGAUUUCCAUGUAGGAACGGCGCUGAAAUCAUCUCAGGUGCAGUUGAAGCCACAUCUGCAACAUCAAACCUCCGUGCCCUCCUCUGCACAAGAGUCUCUGCAAAGUGAGAGCCAAAGAUUGUCUCCUGUUCUUGGCUUGACAGAGACCUCCACAGUGCCCCGUGACAGCAGGGCUCCAGAGUCCGUUGAGCGUCUGAUUGAGGAGUUGCUGGAGCGGGCACCGUCAGAGCCAUUGCCUGGUGACUCGAAAGGCCAGGGAAUCAGCAUUGAGGCUUUCCACCAGGAGCUGAGGGAGCUGGAGGAACGUGUAAGAGAGAGGAGGGUUCUUUCACACAGCUCGGAGGAGUCCUCUCGGGAAUCCCGCACUGCUCCUGCUCCCAGCCUGACAGAUGAAGACUGCCUUCCAGUGGAGACUGAGCAGCGCUCCAGUGAAACAAAGCCUGACAGCUCUACCACUGGGGUAUUUAGCCCCGCACGACCCCUCGGACAACCUCUUGCUCAACCGUACACAGGUCCAUUUAUAACAGUCCUGUUCAGUAAACUGGAGAGUAUGAUGCAGAACUCCCUAUAUGUGAACAUUUUGCUGACGGGCGUUGUGUUCCAGCUGGCCUGUUACCCUCAGCCACUCCUACGCUCUUUCCUCCUCAACACCAACAUGGUGUUUCAGCCCAGCGUUAAAUCACUCAUACAGGUGCUGGGAUCAGUAAAAAAUCGCAUUGAGGCAUUUGCAGCAACGCACGAGGAUUUCCCUGCCCUGUUAAGAAAGGCUCGCCGUUUUCUGGUUGCGAGAGGAAAGUUAGACUGGUCCGACUCACCCAUGGGAGUGCCCAACCUCCGUCGAUCAGACUCUUUAAUUAAAAGCCGAAAGCCAUCUCUGGGCGAUCUUAUCUUGAGGCAUACCAACAGUCCUACGAGAGCUCGAAAUGCAGCUCAGUUGGCCUUGGCCCACGUUAGAGAUGGAGGGCAGUCCCUGCACAGUGCUUUGUUCCGGGGUGGCGCGGCCGGUGGGGUUUCUGGCCUGGAGAAGCAGGCAGAGGCACUAAGGGUGAAAAACGCAGUCUACUGUGCUGUCAUUUUCUCAGAGUUUCUCAAAGAGCUCGCAGCUCUUGCACAGGAGCAUGCCGUAGCCCUACCCUUCCCACCCAGUCAAGGCACUGAGGAAUAACACCAGGCCAAAAUUUGUUUCCAAAUUUCCACCUCUUUUUUCAAAAGUCUUUUUUUUUUUUUUCAUGGGACAUGAUGCACUCAAAGAGACAGGAAAAUCAAUUGCUCAUAAAGGUGAAGAGAGGUCAUCUCUUGUUAAUAAUCUCAUGUUCAUAAUGUAAUUUUUUUAAUUGUACAGGACCAUUUAUCCAUUAAGCUUUAGGAAAUUGUGCAUAUAAAUCUUGUAUAUAGACUAUAUAAAAUAUCUAUGUGUAUAAUGAUUUUUGUACACUCAGAGAGACUUGCAUCUUUUAAGGUGGAGGAAUUUGGUCGUAAACUUGCACUCCUGACGUUUCUAUGUCACUUCGGAGACUAGCUAAAGUAGACUCACUACACACGGUUCUUUUAAACUUUUAUGGGUGCAGAAGUGUCAUUUACAUUUUAGCAAUGUCAGGUGGUUAUUUUGUCUUUUAUAGAGUAUAGGUCUGUAAGAUCACACCAAUAUAUAUUGAAAAUAAUCAUCUGGUCUUUUUUAAAGGAUGAGAUGUCAGAUUCUGUUUACCAAUCACAUGCUGGGCAAUACGUCCUCAGUAUUGCUGCAGGAAUUGCCUCUUUACGGAGACAUCUCUGAAAAAUCAACAAUUGACAAAAUUCCCAAAAUGUUCUUCCAAUCUCUAGCACACAUCUUUUUUGUCCAGCAGCUAGAGUGACGUUAGAGCUUGUAAAAAGGGUAGAGGGUUCAUUUCCUUAGCCUCUGUCCCAAUAAAAUUAAGCUUUGAUGGACAGUCUGCAUUUUAAAAUUUUAGUUUUUAUUCUCGGUUUCAGCAGCUUAUUUUCUAGGACAGAUUUUAGGGUGAGUUUUUGGGAAAUGCAUUUGGUACAUUCACCCAGCAUGACAUUACAUUUCGUCUUGAGUUUCUGGAAAGGCACUGAUUUUUCUGCCCACAAAGAUCUCCUCCUGGAUGUUAGCGUCCCUUUUGGCGUCUGACUAGGUGCUAAUGUCUUAAAUCUUUGACUGGUAUGAGCAAAGAGAAGCUUGCUUAAUUACCCGUCCCUUUAAGGAGUGAGCCAAGUUAUGUGAAUCAUAAGCCAUCUUAGUGUUGAAACCAAGUGUUUUUUCUUUCUUUCUGUUCAUUACUUGAUUUUGCUAGUGUUAUGGAGUAUGAGCGAAAUCAGCCGUAAAUUGUGCAUAAUGGAAAAACCGCCACAAGACGUUUGACUUUU